UGUUAAGUGACCUUAAACUUUUGAACAACAGUUUAAAUAAUUUUUAAUUAAUUUAAUACAUUUUAUUACAGUUCUACAUUGUAUGUGUACAUUAAUGAGAAUGAGAUAUUGCUGUAAAUUUUAUAAGCUGUGUUCAACUUCCAUUCAAAAGAAGAACUGCAAAGGUUUUUAAAGAAUAUAGCACAAAAACAUAUGUGAGCAGAUACCUGAACCAAACACUAGAGGCCGUCUUGUCAACAACUAUUCCACACCGGAACGAAAACAAGACCACACUGGCAGCGUCACUUCCGGUCUAGGACUAUCGCGUGUGAUAAAAUGGCAACACCGAGCGGUAGCACAUCCAAGCGUUUAGUCCAAUAUGUUAUCGUGCGCGCAGACCUGAUACACACUUUAUCGUGGCCUUUAGGUGCUGUUAUAACUCAAGCUUGUCACGCGGCCACUGCAGCCAUUCAUUUAAACUACAAUGACCCCGACACUCAGGAAUAUCUGGGAGAACUGGACAGCAUGCACAAAGUGGUGCUUCAGGCACCAGACGAGGCGUCCCUCUGCACCCUUUCAAAUACUCUGAGCGAAAAAGCGAUAGCGCAUAAACUAUGGAUGGAGCAGCCCGAGAAUAUUCCUACGUGUUUGGCUUUGAAGCCCUACCCUAAAGACACUGUGCACCCCUUUCUAAAAAAGUUUAAACUUUUCAAGUGAUAAAGCUAAGCUUAGAAAUAAAGACUUGCCCCCGUAAUGGCAUGUUGCAAAAUUAAUAAUCAUGGCAUGGUUUGUAUAAACACGAGUACGUUUGUGUCAAGUGCAAUUUUAGCUGUGGAUUCCCGUCAACUUGAUGUCAUGUAGAGUUCAGCAGCUGCUGCACAACAAGAGCAUAUGAAAGGCCAUCUUGCCACAUCAUGGAUUUAACUCCACAUUUGUCUUCUGUUAUUAAAAUCAUAAUGCCAAUAGGUCUCUAGCAUAGAGAGAAAAUAUUUAAUAUAAAUGCAAACUACAACAUCUUAUUUGUGUCUGUAAAAACCCUUAUGUUUUAAAGCUAACAGAUGAUACAGUGUUUCACAUUUGCAUAAUAAAACAUUG